AUGGCCGUAUUCGGGAAAAUAGACGAGUUUAACCUUUAUGGCGAAAACUGGGACGAAUACGAGGAAAGAUUAAUGCAUUAUUUUAUUGCCAAUAAAAUCGACGACAAUGAUAUUAAAAGGUCCAUACUGUUGUCGGUGUUUCAUCAGAGGAAACAAGGAGAGGGAGAAGGUGUUAGUCAGUAUUUAGCAGAACUGAGAAAAUUGAGUGAAAAUUGUGAAUUUAAAGAGUUUCUUGAUGAAGCACUUCGAGAUAGAUUUGUUUGUGGGUUAGCUGCACCAUCAAUUCAAAAGAAGCUACUGUCUGAAGAUAAAUUGACUUUGAAAAAGGCUGUCGAAAUUGCCGUGUCUAUGGAAAUGGCUGCGAAAGAGACUGUAAAACUUAAAACUGGUCCUGAAAUUGAAAUUAAACACAUAGCAAAUAAAUUUACGACUGGUCAAAAGGAGUGUUUUCGUUAUGGUAAAACAAAUCAUGAUUCAGACUCGUGUUUUCAUAAAAAAAGUCAGUGUCAUACAUGUAAACAAUAUGGUCAUUUAGGUAAACGGUGUCCUCAAAAACAGUCAAAAACUGGUAUGAAUUCAGCACAUCCGAAACCUAGUACAGCAAGGCCACAGCGUUCAGGUAAAUUUCCAUGGAAACCAAAGAAAAAUAAAUCCAAGGUACAAUAUUUUGAAAAUGCUGAAUCUGUUGCAUAUGAAUCCGAUGCUAGUAGUGUAGACAGUGACAGUCGAGAUUGGCCGUUAUUUACUAUUAAAUCUCCAAAACAGAAAGAAAUUGUAGUGAAUGUAGACAUUGAAGGCCAUUUUCAAAAAAUGGAACUUGACACUGGUGCUUCAGUUUCAAUACUUUCAGAGACUGAUUAUAAUCAACAUUUCAAUAACAUACCACUUAAAGAUAGUUCGGUUAUUCUGAAAACCUAUACCAAUGAAACAGUUCAGAUUUUGGGCGAAAUUAAUGUUAAUGUGUGCUAUGGUAGUCAGAAAGCUAACUUGCCUCUAGUUGUUGUGAAAGGUUCCGGUCCAGCAUUGUUUGGAAGGAAUUGGCUGUCAAAACUCACUUUAGAUUGGGGAAAAAUCAAAUUUACAUUCACUGAUCGAGGACUGUCUGCAGUCAAUGAACUACUGAAAAAGUUUCCUGGUGUAUUUGACAAUAAAUGUGGUACUAUGCAAGGAGUCACUGUCAAGUUGUCAGUGAAGGAUGGUAGUAAUCCUGUAUUUUAUAAACCUAGGUCGGUGCCUUAUGCUCUUCGUGAUAAGGUCGCUGUUGAAAUUGAUCGUCUUGUUAAAGAAGGAAUAAUCGAAAAAAUUUCCUAUUCAGACUGGGCUACACCAAUAGUAGCUAUUCAAAAGCCUAACAAAACGGUAAGGAUCUGUGGGGAUUAUAAAGUCACGAUUAACCCAGUGUUAGAUGUUCCAGAAUAUCCCUUACCUACCGCAGAAGAUGUUUUCCAAAAAUUAAACGGGGGUGAAAAAUUCACAAAAUUGGACUUAUCUCAUGCAUAUCAACAGGUGUUGCUUGAUAAAUCAUCAAGGAAGUACGUUACUAUUAAUACUCACCUGGGAUUGUUCCGGUAUCUCCGUCUACCAUAUGGCGUUGCGUCAGCUCCAGCAUUGUUCCAAGAGACAAUGGACAAAAUUUUGAAUGGGUUGGAGCAUGUAGGCUGCAUUCUGGAUGAUAUUAUUAUUACCGGGGUUGAUGACAAUGAACAUUUGCGUAAUUUGGAAAUCGUAUUACAGAGACUGAAUGAUAUGAAUAAAAUUAAACACUGCCAAAUGUUACUUCAUGCAAGAUGA